AUGGCUGUCACCAACUCCUUCGAUCACCUUACCAACCGCAUGAAGCUGGAAUGGUACUCCCAUCUUGAUACUGAGAGGGUCCCAGAUCGAAACUAUCGUCGUACCUCCAUCAUCUGUACCAUUGGCCCCAAGACCAACUCCGUCGAGAAGAUUAAUGAGCUCCGCAAAGCCGGUCUCAAUGUUGUUCGCAUGAACUUCUCUCACGGCUCGUACGAGUACCACCAAUCCGUUAUUGACAAUGCCAGGGAAGCCGAGCGUACUCAGCCCGGCCGUCCUGUCGCCAUUGCCCUUGAUACCAAAGGACCUGAGAUCCGUACCGGAAACACAGUUGACGACAAGGAUUUCCCCAUUGCUGCUGGAGCAAUCCUUAACGUCACCACUGAUGACAAAUAUGCCACUGCCAGUGACAACAAGAACAUGUAUGUCGACUACAAGAACAUCAGCAAGGUGAUCUCACCCGGCAAACUCAUCUACGUCGAUGACGGUAUCCUUUCCUUGAAAGUCGUGGAAGUGGUCGACGACAAGACGAUUCGCGCACAGUGCCUCAACAAUGGCAACAUCUCUUCUCGUAAGGGUGUCAACCUUCCCGGCACUGAUGUUGAUCUCCCCGCCUUGUCCGAGAAGGACAAGAACGACUUGCGAUUUGGUGUUAAGAACAAGGUUGACAUGGUCUUUGCCUCAUUUAUCCGCCGCGGCGAGGACAUUAAGGAAAUCCGUAAAGUCCUCGGCGAGGAAGGUAAGGAGAUUCAGAUCAUUGCCAAGAUCGAGAACCAACAGGGUGUCAACAACUUUGAUGAGAUUCUCGAAGAGACUGACGGUGUGAUGGUCGCUCGUGGUGAUCUUGGUAUCGAGAUCCCCGCCCCUAAGGUGUUCAUUGCCCAAAAGAUGAUGAUCGCCAAAUGUAAUUUGAAGGCCAAGCCCGUCAUCUGCGCUACCCAGAUGCUUGAGUCUAUGACAUAUAACCCUCGCCCAACUCGUGCUGAAGUCUCGGAUGUUGCCAACGCUGUUCUUGACGGCGCUGACUGUGUCAUGUUGUCGGGAGAAACCGCAAAGGGUAACUACCCCAACGAGGCCGUUAGCAUGAUGCACGAGACCUGUUUGGUGGCCGAAGUGGCAGUUCCUCACUUCAACGUCUUUGACGAGUUGCGAACUCUUUGCCCUCGCCCAGCUGACACUUCUGAGGCUAUUGCCAUGUCGGCUGUCAGUGCCAGUUUGGAAUUGAAUGCCGGUGCCAUCCUUGUCUUGACCACUAGUGGAAAAACCGCUCGUCUGUUGGCCAAGUACCGUCCCGUCUGCCCUAUCAUCAUGAUCACCCGUAACGAGGUUGCUUCUCGGUAUUCGCACUUGUACCGUGGCGUGUACCCCUUCUACUUCCCCGAGAAGAAGCCCGACUUCAACGUCAAGAUUUGGCAGGAGGAUGUGGACCGUCGUCUCAAAUGGGGUAUCUCCAACGGUAUCAAGCUUGGCGUCAUCAACCGCGGCGACAGCGUUGUCUGUGUCCAGGGUUGGCGCGGUGGUCAGGGCCACACCAACACCAUCCGUGUUGUCCCUGCUGAAGAGAGCCUUGGUCUGGAUGAGAAUGACCCAUGA